AUGAAAGUGGCUGUAACAAACAAAGCUGAUGAGAGUUUUCAACAAGUACCAAAACCUAGUCGUGAUGACUGGUUGAGAAAUCAUCAAGAAACGGGAGAAACUAUGAAAUCAUUUGAAUGCAUUGUAUUAAAAGCUGUUCCGCAUGGAACUUACAAAACUAUUUAUAUUCAACCAGUUGGUAGUAUUAAUCAUCCUCGAGCUGCACCACUUGAUGUUAUUAUUGAAUUUGCACGUGCAUUUUUUUCUGGAUGUGAAAUUGAAUUAUUACCAACUAUUGACUUUUCAAAAGAUAUGAAAUUUCGAGAAAAUGAUGGAAUACGACAAUAUCGAACAAAUGGCUUUUACAAUUAUUUAUCUCAAACACGUCAUAAACGUAAUCCAAGACGAGAACUUUUACGUGUUGCUGUAACUAUGGCUGAUAUUUAUCCCAACGAAAGUUGGAAUUUUAUUUAUGGACAGGCACGAGCAAUCGAUGGUGUUGGUGUUUAUUCAUUUGCACGUCUUGAUCCAUUAUUUCCUGCAUCAACACAAACAUUACUCUUAUCUCCAUUAACUGAUAAACAUCGAAUAAUAAUGCUUUGA